AUGGACAUCGAUCCCUACGUCGUUCUGGCUGUCCCCAAAGACGCCACCUUACCCGAAAUCAAGUCGGCCCAUCGGAAACUUGUGUUGAAAUGCCAUCCCGACAAGAUCAAAGAUGAAUCCCUUCGCAAUGAGGCCCAGGACCAGUUUCAACGGGUCCAACAGGCCUACGAAUUGCUCUCUGAUCCCUCCCGCAGAACCAAAUAUGACCAGAAGGUCCGCUUGGCCGAGUUGCGUCGCGAGAUGAAGGACCAGCACCCAUAUGCCUCGCCCCGUGCUGGCGGCAAUGUCCGUGAAUAUCGCGAUGGUCGGAUCUACGAAGAGCGCAUGCCGGCUGAUUAUUUUGACGAUGGAUUCUACCAUUCUCCCGAUGAGAAGACUCCCCGGGGCACAUCUCGCAAGCACGAUGACUAUGGUCGGAGGCCUCGUGCCGAAGAGAGAAGGAAACCCAGGCCGACGACUACCACCAGCAGUCCCUUCAAUCCCUUCCGCGCUAGCAAAGAAGCGGCUGCUCGUGAUAGUACAAAGACGUCCCAUUCCACUCGGGACAAGUCCCGAACCAAGGAACGACGACGGGAAGCUUACGAGAAAUACGAAACUGUCUAUAUCGACACCGAUGCCUCGGGUUAUGACUCUGAGCCCUCGCGUAACUAUACGCGACCGUCAGAGUCGAGAAAAGCGAGUCCAGACAAGCGGUCGGCCUCUUCUCCUCACAAGCCUAGGAGUACCAGUACUCAUCCUGCUACCGAAUCGCGACGAUUCCAGCCUGAGGUGGUGGAGGAAGACGAUGAAGACUCGGAUCAAUACGAGACCAAGCACGAUAAAUUGCACCACACGGCUCGCGACUACAUCAUGCGCUCCAAAGGAAAUGCGCCCAUCGAGAUCGACUCUCGUCGGCGUCCUUCCCGCUCGCCACAGCGACCGCGCGAGCACACUGAGCCCCCAGCAUCGGAACCAGCACGCUCAAACGUAACUCCCCGAGCCAAACAUAGCAGUCGCGAAAGCGUGCGACAAUCUUCGUCCCGGAAUAGCUCGUAUGAGCAUUUGGAGCCGUCGACUACCCAUCCGCCACCGCCACGGGCCCAUUAUGAGACUUUCAAGGUGCCCCCUAUGCCCACCGCCGCCACAUCGCCAGCAGCGAAAGCCGCCUCAUCCGCGACUCGACCGACUCUGCAGCCCUCCCGGUCGGCAACCACAGCAGCCGCAUACUCACGUUCCGGCUCAAAACGUGAUUCCACCAACCUCCUCGUGAACAUGGUCUACGCCGAUGGCACCUCGCGAUCAUCCAGAGUCCGCAGCACAGACCGCUAUGACUCGGGAUACUCCAGCCCCGGCACCCCAGACAUGCACGGUACCAGUCCACCCAAGGCCUCAGCCCGCUAUAAGAUCGUUACCGAAUCAGAACCCCUCCGCGAGGUCCCGCCCACUCCAGCAAUGGCUUCGACUUCAUCGCGCUACCAACGCGGCUACUCCCCACCCCGUCCUCACCCUCACGCUGCUCACUCCCAUACUCACCCGCUCGCUACUCCAGAGCGCCCCUCCUUCUCCACGAGAGCAGCCGCAAAGCCCUCGCGAAGCUAUACGACUCAUGCUCCAGAAUCACGCGGCCCGCGGCCAAUGUCCUCUGCUCCCCGUCCGUUAUUCGGACAGAAGGAUAAGCCAGACGCCAAGUACGCUCGCGAGUAUGGGCCAGAUGACGUGGUUUACACCGCGCGGGAUCCGUACAAUCAUCAUCACGGGCCCCCUAGGGCUUAUUCGUACGAUGAUUAUCAAACAGCGUCGAGACGUCAAUCGACGUAUGCGUAG